AGAGAGAGAGAGAGAGAGAGAGAGAGAGAGAGAGAGAGAGAGAGAGAGAGAGAGAGAGAGAGAAAGUUCGCCGUCGGGAUCUUGCCAUUACCGUCCUAUAGCGAGUCGCUUCUGACAAUGGCCGCGACGGUAGGGAUCGCGGCUGCUAAGGCCGUCGUUGCGCACGUUGCCUGUCGGGAUCGGGAUGCCGCGGCGGACGGAUGUCUUCGGCACGAGGGUCGGGAUAUCGACGCUGUUGCAAGACGACCACGGUCGUUGAGCAGCAUGUUGAGAGGAGAGGCGGGUUGUCGGCCACGUGGCGGGAUUACAGCGUCGUGUCCACGUGGCAUGAUAAGAUCGUGUCCACGUGGCACGGUAAACUCGUGUCCACGUGGCAGCAUGGAAGUAGUAGCGCAGCUGCUGUGGCGACGCGCACAAGCUUUGGAGCCGCGCUCUCAGCGUUCGAAAGGCACACUGGCUAUUCACAGAAAUGCCCCUAGUAGUCGGCCUUCCUAUUGCCACGUGUCCGCCGGGAAACAGGAGGGAAUAUUCCAGGUCGCUUCGUCGCAGACGCUGCCACGUGUCGGUGCUGUUUCCGAUCACCCUCAUCACGCAUCUAGCGCGGAUUUUGGCAGAAUUCAUGCCAGUAGCUUUGACAGAGGGCUCAUCAGGAUAUCAAUGGAACGAGGACGAGGAGGAGGAGGAGAAGGAGGAGGAGGAGGUACGGGUGGAAAACGUGAUGAUGAUCUGACGUGGCGGGCUGCUGAUGCACGAAUGGAUGGGGCUUAUUGCAGCAUCAUUCGCUGGGGUCACGUGGCAUCGCCACGUGUCAUGGUAGGCAGUGGACGUGAGGUUGGAAGAAGAAGCGGACGUGUCCUCCCUCAUAUCCCAAGCUUACAGGGCUGGCAGAGCCCAAUGAAUAUUUUCCGCAGGCAUGGGUCUGGAUCUGGCGGGCACUCGUCUUUGCCGACCCCAGUUCCAGGAGGUCAAUCGGGCAGUGGAAAGGAUGAGCUUUCUUCAAAAGGAAUUUCGUCAACUAGGAAAAGCUUGACCUCACAGCUGGAGCUAGAGGAGGGGGAGCCGGCUGUCGGUGAAAAGAAGGCAUCAUUCAAUGGUGUGUUCUUGUUGUUGCUUAUCAACAUUGGCUUGUGCAUCAUUGACCAUGCACUCAAGCAAGCAAUCCUUUGUUCAUGAAACAUGAGGCCGGGAAUUCCUCACAAACAACCCGGAACAUACACAAUCUCAACACAACGAGAGAUGGUUAAACCAGGGCCCGAAUAUUUGCCAUUUUUGCCGGCAAUUUCGGUGCAAAAUUCUGCGAAAUUUUUCAAAGACAAACAAUAUGGGCUCAUGGUGCAAACAUCAAAAAAAAAAAAAACAGGCCAAAAUCGAACAAAAAAACAAAAAAAAUUUAAAAACACUAUAAAAUCCUAACACAAAACCACUUUCCGAGGUAAAAUGAAGUGUCCAACGAAUU